AUGGUUGAGCUAAUCCGUUCAGAACAACGCGUUUUCAUGCGCUCGUUCUUCAACUGGGUAAGCGUAGUCGACAGUAUCGAGAAACGCACCGAAAAGUCAAAAGUGUACAGACUGAUUGGAGGCGGAGACCACACUCCAAGUGUCGAGUUUUACAAAAGAUCUCGCAGAACGAGGUUAUGCUCGCGUCGUCUUCACUCUCGUCUGUAUGGUAUGCGAUCAUUGGCGAUCAGCAGCGAUAGCAACAGCGAUGCUCGCAUCCCCUACACUUCUCGCAAUUGUCUUCGUUCUACCGGAAACUCCGAAAUGGUUCAAUCUCUAUUCAUGAAUUGGAAUGCACAGUACGCAAGUAAGGGUCGCUUGAAGGAGGCGAAAGAAGCCGAGAGAAGGAUCAGCAAUCUCAGUGGGAAGAAAUGUGAAAGUGUCCAAACACCAUCUUGCGAGAGAAACUACACCGCCAUGGAUCUUCUACAAAAUCGCCAACUCGCAACAAGGACAGCUAUCCUCUGCUCGUUGUGGUUCUCCACAAGCCUGUCAGCGUAUGGAAGCGAUCUUAACUCAGGGAAUCUUCACGGUAACUUCUACGUGAAUCAGAUCGCUUCGGCAAUGACGAUUGCGUUCACUAAAAUAUUCGUAUUCCUACUUGACACCUACUGCAAAUCUUUCGAUAGACGGAAACUUCAUCAAGUGCCACAGGUGCUUAUGAUCACUUGCUAUUCCAUAAUAAUGUGCUUACAAAUGUUUGUACCCGAAGAGAACUGUGAUGGAAACAGCUGGAAGGACUGGAUGAGUUAG